AUGUCAAAGAAAAAGGGCAACAAGAAAAUUCAGGAACUUAACGACGACGUUGAAGAGAAAACGACAGUGACAAACGAUACUCAUGAGGUAACCUCUAAAAGUAAAGGAAAAGGUAAAAAGAAAGGCAAAGGAAACGCGGGUGAUUGGAGUGACAGUGAUGGAGGAGAAAUACCGAAGAAAGCUCAAGUAUCAGAUGACGAAGACGUCCCUAAACCUGCAUCAAAAAAAUCACAGAAGAAAGCUAAAAAUAAAAAGAAGGGGUACGAGUCUGACGAUGAUCAUGAUGAUGACAAGUCAUCACUAGGUAACUCAACGACUACAACAUCAAAACAAGUUACAAAAUCUAAUAAAAAGAAAAAAGGUAAGAAAGGUGAUGACUGGGAUUCUGAAGGUAGUGAUGCUGGACUAAAAGAAGUUUCAGAAGAAGAAGUUGUUAAACCAGUCAGUAAAAAAAAAGGAAAAAAUAAAAAGAAAAAUAAAGAAGUGGAUUCAUCGGAUGAAGAAGACAAUGAUGAUGUUAAAUCGCAAGUGAGCAAUGUGUCUAGUAAUCAACCCAAACCGGCUGCCAAAUCAAAAAAUAAAAAAGGAAAGGGUAAAAAAGAGGAUUGGCCUGAUGAAGAGAGUGAUAAGGAAUUGAAGAUGGAUGAAUCAGAGGAGGAAGAAAUUAUUCCAGUUGUGAAAAGUAAAGGUAAAAAUAAAAAGAAGAACAACAUGGAUGAUUUAGAGGCAGAAUUAAAGAAGUUCGAAAUUAAGGAUGACCCGGAGCCAGAGCCAGUGAAACCGGCUUCAAAAAGCAAGGACAAAAAGAAGUCCAAAGUGGCGCCUGAACCGGAACCGGAAACACUCGAGAAUGAAGACUCCAUUGAGAUUGAUGAUAAGGUUGCAGAUUUACCUGAAAAGGAUAAUGAAGAACCAGUAGAAAAGAAAAUGAGUCACAAAGAGAAAAAGAAGUUGAAGAAGCAACAAGAGUAUGAGAAGCAAAUGGAAUUAUUGACGAAGAAGGGAGGUCAAGGCCACAGUGACCUUGAUGCUAAUUUUACUGUCAGUCAAGCGCAGAAAACAGCCGGUCAAAUGGCAGCACUAGAGAAUGCUGUAGACAUAAAAGUGGAAAACUUCUCAAUAAGCGCGAAAGGCAAAGAUUUGUUUGUGAAUGCUAAUCUCCUUAUUGCUAAUGGCCGUCGGUACGGGUUGGUAGGACCGAACGGCCACGGAAAGACUACAUUGCUGAGACAUUUAGCACAACGUGCGUUCCCUCUCCCACCUCAUAUAGACAUUCUUUUGUGUGAACAAGAAGUCACAGCCAGCGAUAUGAGCGCAGUCGAUACUUUGCUUGAAGCUGAUGUAAAAAGAACAGAGUUGUUAAAGGAAUGUAAAGAGUUAGAGGCCGAAACAGAAAAAGGCAAUCUAAGUAAGCAGGAGAGGUUAAACGAGGUGUAUGCCGAGCUGAAGGCGAUAGGUGCGGACAGUGCGGAACCGCGCGCCAGAAGGAUCCUGGCUGGUCUGGGAUUCAGUCGUGAGAUGCAGAAUAGAGCCACUAAGAACUUCUCAGGAGGAUGGAGAAUGAGAGUUUCACUUGCUCGAGCUCUGUACGUAGAACCAACGCUGUUAAUGCUUGAUGAACCUACAAAUCACUUAGAUCUUAAUGCUGUCAUUUGGCUGGAUAAUUACUUACAAGGGUGGAAGAAAACACUAUUAGUAGUUUCUCACGACCAGUCAUUCUUGGACAAUGUGUGCAACGAGAUUAUUCACUUGGACACCCAAAAAUUGUAUUACUACAAGGGCAAUUACUCAAUGUUUAAAAAAAUGCAUGCCCAAAAGAGGAAAGAGAUGAUAAAAGAAUAUGAGAAGCAGGAAAAGAGAUUAAAGGAUUUGAAGGCCCAUGGUCAGUCGAAGAAACAAGCCGAGAAGAAGCAGAAGGAAACCUUGACUCGCAAGCAGGAGAAGAACCGAAGCAAGGCACAGCGCGAGGACGACGACGCGGCCGCGCCCACGGCGCUGCUGCAGCGGCCCAAGGACUACAUCGUCAAGUUCUCCUUCCCCGACCCGCCGCCGCUGCAGCCGCCCAUCCUCGGCCUGCACAAUGUAGACUUCAACUUCCCCAAUCAAAAGCCCUUGUUCAUCGGUGUGGACUUUGGUAUAGAUCUUAAUUCUCGUGUGGCUAUCGUUGGACCAAACGGAGUGGGCAAAUCCACUUUCCUCAAGCUGCUGGUGGGAGAGCUCAGUCCUAUUAGAGGAGAUCUCAUCAGGAAUCACAGACUGAGGAUAGGUCGUUUCGACCAGCACUCGGGCGAGCACCUGACGGCCGAGGAGUCCCCGGCGGAGUACCUGCAGCGCCUGUUCGGGCUGCAGUACGAGAAGGCGCGCAAGGCGCUCGGCACCUUCGGGCUCGCCAGCCACGCCCACACCAUCAAGAUGAAGGACCUCAGUGGGGGGCAGAAGGCCAGGGUCGCACUCGCCGAACUUACUCUUAUGGCGCCCGAUGUUGUUAUUUUGGACGAACCGACCAAUAAUUUGGACAUAGAAAGUAUAGACGCUCUGGCGGAAGCGAUCAACGAGUACAAGGGCGGGGUCAUCAUCGUGUCUCACGACGAACGACUCAUCAGGGAGACGGACUGCACGCUCUACGUCAUUGAAGAUCAGACUAUUAACGAGGUCGAUGGCGACUUUGAUGACUAUCGUAAGGAACUUUUGGAGAGUCUCGGUGAGACGAUCAACUCGCCCUCGAUCAUCGCCAACGCUGCCGUGCUGCAAUAA